GGCAACACUGGAUCAAAAACCUGUAUACUAGAAAUUUUGGUCAUGGGUCUUUCCUUUUCUAGUCAAAUCUUGUUGAAUUGAGGCAACUUUGAAUAAAAGAAUCUCCCAGAACAAACAAAUUCCGUAUUUACAGAACAAGAUCUGAAGAUGGCAUCGGGAAUAAUGAAGAGAAAUGUGUUUCUCAUGGGACAGUUUAUGAUGAGGUCUCAAUCCACAAUGUCGGCUUUCGAAAUACAGCACAAGACACCCCUGAUAAAGAGAAGCGUGAGUAUAAUAGUGAUACAUUAUUUUAAAUUGGCCAGCUUUCUAUACAAACGGUUAAUUUUGGGAGAAGAGGCAGGAGUAUUGCCUUUUUACAUGCAAUCUCAAAAACGAAAUAUAGAACAAUGGUUUUUUUGCAGGAAACUGUCUGAUGGUUUAUUUUUGGAAACAUCCAAAAAAAUUGCAAAGGAAUAUCCAGAAAUUGAACACAAUGAAAUGAUUAUUGAUAACUGCUGCAUGCAGCUUGUUUCAAAUCCUCACCAAUUCGAUGUCAUGAUUAUGACAAAUUUGUAUGGCAGUAUUGUUUCCAACGUUGUUUGCGGAUUGAUCGGAGGUGCUGGACUAUUAUCUGGCAAAAAUUAUGGGGAGCAUUAUGCUAUCUUUGAACCCGGUACUCGUAACACAGGAACUGCCAUAGCUGGGAAGAAUAUAGCAAACCCAAUUGCUAUGUUGAGUGCUUCAGUUGAUAUGUUGAAUCAUUUAGGACAUCUCCAGCAUGCAAACAUGAUAAAGAACGCCAUUGUACAAACUCUCUGUGAAGAUAAAAUUUAUACACCAGAUUUGGGUGGUACUGCCAAGAGCACAGACGUAGUCCAAAGGAUCAUUGACCAUGUCCUGAUGUCAGACAUAAGACCAUGGUAAUAUGGACAUAUCUGCUUUCUUCACUAUUGAUGGCUUGUUCAAACUAACCAUUAAUAUCAUCUGCUCGUCAUCAAAACAUUGUUAAAUUUUUACUAAUAGGACUAUUCAUCUUUUGAUGUUUUUGAUUCUAGAGAUGCCAUCAUUCAUAAUAAUAUGGUGAAGGAAAGUAACACACCUAACUCGAUCUCAACAGUGUGGCAAUUGCAUUUUUACAGUAACAGUAUUAACCUUAAUCUGAUUUUUUUUCAUCAAUCUCACAUUGUUUUUUCUC